UAAACAGUUCCCCUGUCCAUAUUUCAAAUUACGCGGAAUGUAGUAUAAAAGUUAAACAACAGCAUUACUGCGUGUAACGGAACGCAAACAAUCUGAAGUUUGGCGCGGUAGCUGCCAUUCCGCUCGGAUGGCAUUUUAUUUAGUGUUACAGGGGCGUCCCUCCGUGGAAGUCACGUCAUAACCUGUCGGCCACCAGUCCUCUGGUAACACACCUGUUUAGAGUAUGGCGCCAAGAAAGAAAAAGCUCUCUAAGGAAGAGAUUUUACAAAGAAAAAGAGAAGCUGAGCGAAAGAGAUACGAGCGUAUUAAAAACGACCCGCAGAAAAGGGAAGAGCUUAGGGAAAAAGAACGCCUUAAAUACCUUAAAAAAAAAGAAAAGGGAACAAGAAAGUUUGUUGAAAACAUGACUUCACGCGAACAUCGGGAGGCAAAAAAGAAGUGGCGAAAGCAUUGUACGAAAUAUCGUAAUAAGAAAAAAGUGUUAGCAAAUAUUACGAACUCGUUUAUGAGAGAAAAUACUCCAGAUUCUGAUGCAAGUAAUUCAUGUCGAAUGUCAACAUCUGAAGUUCCUGAAUUAGUUAAAAUAAAAAUUGAUAGAAACAAGUUACUAAGACAUAAAAUAAAAAAGAAAAAAGAUGAAGAAAUUAAAGCUCUGAAGAAGAAAGUUUUGAAGUACAAGAAACGCCUAUCGCGGUUGAAGAAGAAAGAAAAUACUAAAGAUACACCAAAUACUAAGUUACAGAAAAUGGCAGAUACUCCAGAGUGUAGGAAAGAUCGAGUCAAAAGGGCACUUUUCGGUGAAGGGUUGAAACAACAAUUGCAAGAUAAUUUCUCAGAGAUGAAAACACUAAAAGAAAAAAGGCUUCUAACAAAAAUAGUUUCGGGAAAGAUUGUUGAUAAAUAUAAGUUAUGGCGAAUGAAAAACGCAGGUGUGAUAACCUAUAAGAGAAUUAAAAUGGGAAAAACGUCUCAUCAAAUGGCAAGGAAAAAAAAACAUUUCAGAAGAAUGUGUAAAAGCAGUUGUAAAUUUCUUCGAAGAUGAUUCUAACAGUAGACAAGGAGCGGGAAAAAAAGAAUUUAUCACUAGAAAAGCAGAACGGAAACAAAAGCGAUACAUGCUUGAUUCAUUGCUUGGCUUAUAUACGAAAUUUAUGUGAUAUUUGUAUGAUUAUCUUCUU